AUGGACCAGUGCGAUACCAUCACUAUUGACCCACACAAAUCUGGCUUCUGUCCUUACCCCGCUGGAGCAUUAUGCUACAGAGACAAGUUGAUGAACACCUUUCUUCAGAUCACCACCACUGUUGUGUAUUAUCAUGGAGACAUGACACUUGGAGACAUCGGCAUCGAAGGAUCCAAACCAGGAGCUGCUGCCGCUGGUGUCAUGUUGGCAAACAGGGUGAGAGUUCACUCGUCGUUUAUCACGUCGGAGGGGGGGAAGGGGAAGAUGAUUUUUUUUUUUAUGGGGAAGGAUCAUAUGGCUUCCAGGGAGAAGGGUGAGGGGAUCAGGAUCAACACAGAGUAUAAAAGGGAGGAACUAUAGAAAAUUCACGGCAUGAGAUGGGGGGUGAUUAGAAGGAUGUUACAGGGGAUAAGGUAAAUUUUAUUGUUACAUAAACACGAAACAAAACCUCUUCUCCCCCCACUAGCCCAAAGUAAGGAAUAAUGAUAACCAGUCCUUAGAUACAAACCUGCCCUUCCUCUAGCUUUCCAAAUAAAAAAUUCCUCAAUUCUUAAAAAAAAAAAAAAAAAAAGACGGACACUGUCGGGGAUAUUCCGGCAUGGAUCUGAACUACAAUUGAGGUUUUUCACUGCAAUAAGUAUAUGUACUAUAUUAAUUUGACCAGUAGUUCUAUACCAAAUGUGAUGAAUAGAUCCUCUCUAACAAAUUGCGGUUUAAGCGACUGCAUUCUAGAAAAAAAAUUUAGACUUCGAACUAAUUCUAUAGAGUCGGAUUAGGAAACCGUGCCUUCCUGAUUGUGAGUUGGCACCUCAACCAACUAAGCUACGAAGUCACUUGUUGGGAGAAAGACAAGUUUUGCUUUCAGAUUAUUUGUCUUAGUUCCACGCUGGUCAUAAAUGAUCCCAAAAUAAUCCUCAUUUAAUUGAGUGACAAGAAUAUUUUUCAUUCAAUCCUUAAAAUCAUAUACUGUUCCAAGAUUUUUAAGCAAUUUGAAGACGCAGAAGUUGUGUUGUUGGUAUGUAAUUGUUUGCUUCGUAUGUGAUCAUAUGUAGGUCAUCGGUCUCGAAAAGAAUGGCUACGGUCGUAUCCUAGCUGAAUGUAUGUUUACUGCCAAGAUCAUGUACUGCCUGUGGGUAACACUAGCUCAGGACGAUGAUACCUUUGUCUUGGAAACGACGAAAUCGCUUCCAAAAAAAUACAAAAAGAUGUCAGAAAAGCAGCAAAAGGAGUUUAUUAGAGAGAGGAUUCUGGGGAAAAGCAACGAAGAACUCGUUAAGGUAUUUUUUUUUCAAUGAUCCACGUACAGAGUCACGUAUUUUUCUGAUUAGGAAUUUACUGAAUCGGGCCGGAAGAAUGAGUUCACCUGACAUUACCUCUGAAUAAAGGGGUAAGUUUCUAAAGAAACUGUGGUGCUGCGUCGGUGGGAGAGUAUAGCAGGUAAUUUAGUGUUAAGAACUGGGUUGAAAACGUAAAUUAGCCACCGUAAAGGGUAAAAAAGCUGACGUUUCGAGCGUUAGCCCUUCGUCAGAGCGAUUAGAGGAAUUGUGGGUUGUGUGUGGAUUUAUAUGUAGGAAGUGGAGCUACGCCAUUGGUGGGAAUGUGGUGACGAGAAAACAGGAAUAAAUUAGUUGAAUGAAAAGCGCUCGUUGAUUCCGUGGGGAUUAAGGGUGCCGAUUUGGAAUAUAAAUUUUUGUUCUAGUGUUUUACGGCUUUCCGAACUGCCUAGAUGUAAGGAAAGGCCGCAAACUGCCAUAUGCUGUUUAGAAUGAUAAGGAAGAUUAAAGUGUCUAGCGACUGGUUUGGAUGCGUCCUUGUCAUUUCUUUCCACAUCGCGAAGGUGUUCUCGGAAUCGGUCACCCAGUCGUCUCCCUGUUUCGCCGAUGUAUAACUUAUUGCAAUAAGUGCAAGUUAUGCAGUAAAUAACAUUGGCGGAGGUACACGUAAAGUGAUCAAUGAUCUUAAUGGAUCUUUUGGGUCCCGAUAUUUUCUCUACGUUGUGAAUGAAAGGACAAGUUUUGCAUCGUGAGCGAGCGCAUUUAAAAGUUCCAGAUUGGUCAUAGGUUUGAAAUGAACUCCUGAUUAAAAAGUUGCCUAUGUUUUUGUCGCGUUUGAAUGAAAUAAGUGGGGGUUGCGAAAAGAUAGUGCCAGUCUCUGAAUCGUUUUGGACUAAUUUAAAAUUUAUAAGAAUGAUAGAUUUAACUGCGUGGUUGUGAGGGUGAAAUGUAAGAGUAAAUGGAAUGCGGUCAGUGUUCUCCUUCUCGGCCGUUUGUAGUGCUGCCUGUCGAUCGAUUAGUUGGGCACGGUGGUAGCCCGCUUGAACGACAGAAACAGGAUAGCCGCGUUUAUCGAAAAACUGGCACAUUGCCUCUGAUUUUUCGGAAAAAUCAGAGUCGUCACUACAUAAACGACGAAGUCUGAGAAACUGUGAAAAAGGUAUUUACUAGGUUUUGUAGUCACAUCCAUUUCAUCGGCCGUUGCCUUCAUUCCAAAGUUAUUCCUAAGGGUUUUCGCUCCAAUUUUCACACAUCUUCUUUUUCUCAUUCGAAUCAAUAUCGUCACCAAAUUCAGUGCGCCCAAAAUUCUUUUUCACGUAAUAUUAUGAGAAUCACAAUCAGAGCUAUGUGCCAAAAACGUAACAAACUCACCGAACAAAUUCUACAUUGCCGCUCUGAACUUUCCAAAAUCUGUCCAGCUGUUUUAGUACAAUCCAUUCGUGCCAAAAUUCAGGAUGCCAAUUCCAAACUUUUUAAACAGUUGCACCAAAUUAAGGCCCAAAAACUCGACCAACUUAUCGGCCCUCAAGUUACUAACGACUCAUCACCUGAAAACCUCAAAACUGUAGUUACCAUUCCAGAAAAUUUACUACUUUCCGAUUCAGAAAAAUCAGUUCUCAGCAAGGGCUUAAAUUUUGUUCCCAUAUCACAAAAAACCGACGAAUUUUCAAUUAAGCAAGACGUUGAAAAAUUCCUUCGCCGCGUUCAGUUGAAAGCCUUUUUUCAUGACAAAGAGGAUGAUUCUAACACCUCGAACAAAGUUACUUUCGAAACACUCCAGAUUCGAAAGUCUAAAUGGACUCCCCCAGAGGGCCAGUUCUCAUCUUUAGAUUUUUUCCUCAAAAAAUGUCGCCACGAUAUCAACAAACUUAAAUUCAAUCGUAACACCAAAUUUUCCAAUCUUUCUUCGGAAGAGUGGUCGGCACUAAAAAGUCUAAAAAAACGCAAAGACAUUGUCAUUAAGGCGGCCGACAAAGGCGGCGCAGUUGUUGUUUGGCGGGCCGACCUCUAUCAAAAAGAAGCUUUGCGGCAACUUUCGGACACCUCCUUUUAUGCCAAAGUCGACAAAGACCUCACUGUAAUUAACCAAAACAUUGUCAAAAAUACGAUUAACGAUCUUAUAGCUAAACAAGAAUUGCCGGCCACUGCUAAAAAUCUCAUCAUUACUACUCCUAGAACUUCAUGUAUUUACUUUUUACCUAAAAUCCACAAACCUAACAACCCAGGUCGACCCAUCGUUUCUGCCUGCAGUUGUCCCACUGAACUUAUUUCCAGCUAUUUAGACAAAAUUAUGGCACCUAUCGUCAAAACUCUACCGUCUUACAUUAAGGACAGCCAACACGCACUUGAAAUUUUUCGUGACUUUAGUUUCCUCGACCAAAACAAACUUAUUUUCACCAUGGAUAUAACAUCUCUUUACACUGUCAUUCCCAAUGACGAAGGUCUCCGGGCCCUCAAACAUUUUUUUGAUCUACGCACUAUUAAGGAACCUAGCUCUGAAACACUGCUCCGUUUGGCCGAACUAGUACUCACACUCAAUUGUUUUUCAUUCGGUGGUAACUACUACAAACAAACUAAUGGCGUGGCCAUGGGUACUAAAAUGGGACCCAGCUACGCCAAUCUUUUUGUAGGUUUUAUCGAACACCAAUUUUUUAGCCAAUACCACGGCCCAAAACCUCAACUCUACGGCCGCUACAUUGACGAUUGCAUCGGCGCUACCUCCUCUACCAAGGAGGAGCUCACUCAAUUUAUAACCGCCGUCAAUUCCUUUCAUCCGGCCCUUAAAUAUACCUGGCAAAUUUCCGACACUUCUUUGGCUUUUCUAGACAUCAAAAUUUCUAUUGAAGGCAACGGCUUAUGCACUAGUGUUUACUACAAACCUAAAGAUUCACAUAGUUACUUGUUGUAUUCAUCCUCACAUCCAUCACACGUCAAGAACUCCAUACCUUUUUCACAGUUUCUCAGACUUCGUCGUUUAUGUAGUGACGACUCUGAUUUUUCCGAAAAAUCAGAGGCAAUGUGCCAGUUUUUCGAUAAACGCGGCUAUCCUGUUUCUGUCGUUCAAGCGGGCUACCACCGUGCCCAACUAAUCGAUCGACAGGCAGCACUACAAACGGCCGAGAAGGAGAACACUGACCGCAUUCCAUUUACUCUUACAUUUCACCCUCACAACCACGCAGUUAAAUCUAUCAUUCUUAAAAUUUUAAAUUAGUCCAAAACGAUUCAGAGACUGGCACUAUCUUUUCGCAACCCCCACUUAUUUCAUUCAAACGCGACAAAAACAUAGGCAACUUUUUAAUCAGGAGUUCAUUUCAAACCUAUGACCAAUCUGGAACUUUUAAAUGCGCUCGCUCACGAUGCAAAACUUGUCCUUUCAUUCACAACGUAGAGAAAAUAUCGGGACCCAAAAGAUCCAUUAAGAUCAUUGAUCACUUUACGUGUACCUCCGCCAAUGUUAUUUACUGCAUAACUUGCACUUAUUGCAAUAAGUUAUACAUCGGCGAAACAGGGAGACGACUGGGUGACCGAUUCCGAGAACACCUUCGCGAUGUGGAAAGAAAUGACAAGGACGCAUCCAAACCAGUCGCUAGACACUUUAAUCUUCCUUAUCAUUCUAAACAGCAUAUGGCAGUUUGCGGCCUUUCCUUACAUCUAGGCAGUUCGGAAAGCCGUAAAACACUAGAACAAAAAUUUAUAUUCCAAAUCGGCACCCUUAAUCCCCACGGAAUCAACGAGCGCUUUUCAUUCAACUAAUUUAUUCCUGUUUUCUCGUCACCACAUUCCCACCAAUGGCGUAGCUCCACUUCCUACAUAUAAAUCCACACACAACCCACAAUUCCUCUAAUCGCUCUGACGAAGGGCUAACGCUCGAAACGUCAGCUUUUUUACCCUUUACGGUGGCUAAUUUACGUUUUCAACCCAGUUCUUAACACUAAAUUACCUGACAUUACCUCUGUCAUGUCGGAAGAGAAUAUCAGUCAAGUGAGGGUUUUAACUUUUUUUGAAUGAAAAUUAUUCAGGAGGCGUGGAGUACUUUGUGAAUUUCAAUUAAUUGCUCAAAGAUUGUCUGUAUCGUAUCUUGAUAUCUAACAAGAAAACAAUUCUGGCUAUAAAAUAACCUGCUGCCUCUUUAACUUACAGGAUGAAGAAGCUAUGGAGUAUCUCCUGGAGGUUGGUCCUGACACCAUGAUACCGUGUUUUUCUGUCAACUUGAAAGGAAACAGAAGUGUUGAAAAGUGCAAUGAGAUCAACUUGGCACUAUUCCAGGACCUGUGUCACACAUCUAGCGAGCAGACCGCGCGUCGAGUUCCAAUGAUUGUGACAGCAUCAAGUUUGGUUCCCCAUAAACACAGUGCUGCUGUUCCGAAUUUCAAGAAAAGAUUAGGGGUAGGAAUCAUGGGGCUAUAUAUGGGGGUUAAGAUACAUAAUGACAAAUGUCUUUAAGGGCCGAUGAUAAUCCAGGGUUAUUACCAUCGCUUUCUGUGUUUAGCGCAUACAACUGCAGCCGUGCGAUUCUCUGUUACAGCACUUGUCGAUGGAGUAGAGGAAUAUAAGAUAUCAAACGGAGCCAAUAACAACUCUGAGUAAAAAUCGAACUUAAUGAAGUGUGGAAGAACACGAUUAACCAAGACGCGAUAGGUUUAAUUGUGAUUGGUCCAGAGAAUGGCGCGAAUUUUCUUGACCAAUCGCGGCGUGAAGUCAGGACGAAUGCAACUUGGAUUUCAGGUUGCUUUUAAUCUUUUCUUCGUUCACUGCAAUAUAUCUUUAUCAUUUCUUUUGAAAUUUAGUUGGAGCACGACAAUGACACACCUGUCAAAUACAUCAUCACAACCUGCAUGGAUCCAUGGGCCACGUCCACAGAAUUCUUAGACGACAUGGGUGACAUUUUGAGGAAUGCAAUCCUUAACGCAAUUGGAACGGUGAGGAAGUAUCAUAUCUUGUUUCUUGGGUGGGAGCGGGAAUGGAAACGCUUUUUGUCAGUUAAGUUAGCUCUUGUCCUUAUCUUUAAUACCUCUUUUUCAGUGCACCGAUGCCAAAGUUCUCCACAACUUUGUCACCACAGGAGUUGUCAAUCAGGAGAACGAAGUGAUCGCAUCUUACAUCGGAGACUUCAACAAUGUUUCCAAGCAGUAUGACAACGCGGUGAAACUGAAGUUCCUCCACGACAAAGACGCCGAAAAGUAUAUUUCCAUGCAAGAAAAACUGCUUAAGGCCAGGAGUGAGCCUCAGCCAAUUGUGUUUAGAAGCAAAAGACAAAGGUUCCACGAAAUCUUCUUUGAAGAGUCCGAGUACGCUGGUGAAAAGGAAAAGUUUGAUUGCUUCGUUGGUAUGCCUUCUGAUCAUGACAAGAAUCCAUUCAUGUCUGUAAAGAUGAAGAUCAUUGAUGUUCCACGUUACGAGCACUUUGACAAGGGCGAUUACCCAGAUCACGCUAACUACUUCAUGUAUGGCGACAAGAAGAGUGUGUUCCUGUUUCACAUUCCGACCAAAAGUCCAGAUUUCUUUCAGGUAAAUGACUUUUUUGGUUUAGCUAACUAAAGAAAGUCUCAUAUACAGACGAUUUCUUCUCAGAGAUUAAAAUUUACAUGGUAACCGCUACAAGAAAGUGUUUUAUCAACAUUUCUGACAACCACCGUCAUCAACUUCACGUAAGAAAAGGAGCUCAGCUAAAUUUAAUUGAUUAGGGGGGGUAUGGUUUCAAAUUUCCCCACCUCAACGUGGAGUGGCUUUCGCGCGGGCUCAUAUAUUCACGCGGGGGAGACAAACCGGAAAAUUACAGAGUGUCUAACAUCGGAAAAGGUUUAGGAUUCUUGUUUUUUCACCACUUGAAUCACUACCUUACAGGGGAGAGGGGUAAGACGCUCACCCCUGGCCUCCCUGGUUACGACCCUGCACAAGAGUUUUUGUUUACUAAAUGAGUCCGCAUACAGCCAAAUGCCAUUUUCCUACUCCUUGAACAGCAUGUUAUUUAUUCCAUAUUUUUCUCUGCCAAGUGACGUUUUUCCAUUUAUGCCUCUGGUUUAAGAUGAUCCUCGUGAUAGUGCACUGUCUUGCCCCAGGACACAAUAUUUUAAAGAUAAUUCUCUCCGUUCAAUCUUAUAAGGUGGUUCAGCUUGAUGGCGUCCCUGAUAAUGUUGGCACAGAGAAGGUGGUGGACUUGUUGCUCAGAUAUGGAACCGAGGUGGAGAUUCCGAGCAUCUCUGGUUCACCAAAGAUCGAGAAUGGAGAGGUUCAAGACCCUUUAACCAAGAACAAGUUCGACAUCUCCUUCGUGGGAAUCGAUGGUGCAGAGGUCACGUCCAAAGUGAAAAUAGCAAGGAAAAUCUGGUUUUCUGGAACUACCGUGUAA